ACGGUGACGACAUGAAAAUCACAUACCUGCGGUAAAGUUGUAUGCGGUACAGUAAUGUAGUACAUCUCAAGGAUAAUAAUAAUUUUAUUAUCCUUGGCACAUAUGCAGAACUGUUUCUGUCCAAAAUUACCCGAAAGAAGUCGCACUACUUUGAGAUAACAGGACAGAUCACUGCCUGACAAUACAGAGCAGAUCUGCGUGCGAGCUCAGGCUGGCCUGAGUACAGAUGAAAGUUUGACCACGAUGUUUGUAGUCAUUUUCACUCCUCGGACAAAUACAAAAAAGGUAGCCCCAACAAAACAGUGGAUGCAAGUUGCGCGCAAUAAAUAAAUAACUACUGCAGUGAUAGGUCUCUGAGGUUUGACUCCCCUAAGAUGGAUAUUCCAGUGGUUAAUUUUAAUGCCUACAAAUUGGGUGAAGAUCAGAUUCCGGAUGAAAGACUGAGUGUUAUGAUUGAAGAGAUAAAACAAGCAUUUAGUGGCACUGCAUUUGUCUACCUGGAAAAUACUGGCAUUGAACAACAGGAGGUUAACAGAGUCAUGGAUGUCUGCAAGAAAUUCUUCGUUUUGCCAGAAGAAACAAAGAAGCAGUGUGCAAGGAACAGUGGUCAUGAGAAUUUUAAUGGCUGGGUGUCAACAGAGACUGAAAGGUUAAGUCCUCAACGCCCUGGAGAUCUUAAAGAGGCCUUUAAUGUUUCAACCAUAGACAGUGAACUAAAGUGGCCCUCUGAUGCUUCCAUUCCUGAGUUUCAGGAGGUCCUGGACUCGUUCUUCAGAAGAUGUAAAGCGCUCGCGCUGAGGGUUCUGGAAGUGACUGCUUUGAGCCUGGGUCUGGAGAGAGACUUCUUUGUUAAAAAACACAAACUGAUUGGCAGUAAUAAAAAUUGCACCACCCUCAGAACUCUGUAUUACCCACCGUUGCAUAACGUGACCGUGAAGCCGAAUCAGGUCCGAUGUGGAGAGCAUAGUGAUUAUGGGAGCGUGACCUUGCUGUUUCAAGAUGAGUCUGGAGGUUUAGAGGUAAUGCACAGAUCAGGGCAGUACAUUUCUGCCCCUUGCAUUCCUGGCACUGUGCUUGUAAACAUAGCGGACUUGAUGCAGAGGUGGACCUCUGAUGUGCUGGUGUCAACGUUCCACAGAGUUUUACUGCCCCCUGAUGACAAGAUGAACACCUCAAGACAGUCUGUGGCUUUCUUUGUUCAUCCUGAUAAAGAUGAAAUAAUUUCUUGCUGUGAUGGAUCAAACAAAUACCCUCCUGUCAGUGCACUUCAGUAUGUUACGGACCGUGUAGACGUGUCUUACGAAAAUGCAAACAAGAAGAAUCUGUCAGUCUAAAACUAGUGCAUUAUACAAAUCCACAUUGUUUUUGCUUCUUGCUUUUAAAUAAUAUUGUCAAUGCAUGGAUUAUUGUUGGCUAUUACAGUUCUUGUCUGACAGCUCCUCAGUAUCAUACAUUUCUAUACAGUAAUACAAAAUCACUUCUCAGAAGUAAA